CAGCUGUUCAACUGCAAUUCUGAAUUCCUGCAUUAAAAACAAAAGUAACUAUUGCGCAUCUCUGGUUGCAUUGUACAUAAUGGAUCAAUUUGACAGUGAAAGCUACUGGAAUCGUUCGUCGAGCAGAGGGUUCAGUUUCGACGAUGAUGAAGAUGUUCAGGGCGUUACUGCUGUUGGCAGUAAUGUGAAUGYCAACAAUAUACUUAACGACUAUGACACGAUCUCAGAGGCGAGCUUCGACAAUAGCGCUACAGGCAGUGCUCUUAAUCUAUCGAUACAAUCUGUAAUCUCUGAGGAUGCAUUAAAAAUGCUAAUCCAAGAACAAACACUUGAUGACCGUAUAAUGUCGAAAGGCGUUGCGCCGGAAGAGGAGUUGCGUUUGCUACGCAGACAAAUACAAACGACUUUUUAUAAUCCCUCGCCAGAAGCCACCGCGUAUAAAAUGUUGCUUGGCAAAUGUGCGUCUUUGGAAGUAUUUAAAUCUAUGUACGAAAAAGAGCAAUUGUUAGAUGCAGUGUUGAAGUGUGGCGGCGGUGAUGCCGUUAUUAGUGUGCUACUUUUUCUAAAAAAGACAUUGAAUCACAGAAAUUUUCUGAAAAUUCUCGAACAAAGACCGCAAGCCUUGCAAAUCUAUAUCGGCUACCUGCAACAGCGUCAGUGCCAAGAAGCUGUCGAAGUGUUACAACACUUUGGCAAACAUCAAGAAGCAUCAUUAAUACAAUUCAAAUCGGCUAUGACCUGUAAUAAUCUGCAACAGCGCAAACAAAAAUUGUUGCAAUUACUCGAUCAAUAUAGCGGUGAUAUGGGUGUGGUUAGCGUCUAUUUGCCACACUUUGAAUCUGCACUAAAGCUGCUUGAGCUGAUCGAGAAAGAGAGUAAUUCAUUGGACAAUUUGGUGGAUAUCAAUUCAACCCCCAUUGAGGUGCUGUAUCAAUGCUGUCGUAAGCACAGCAACUGGAAGGAACAGGAUUUGACACGAGCUACGUCACCUUUUCGUCUAACAGCCGAUCUACAUAUUUCACCGGCGCAAUUCGAAUGGACUGCUUUGAAUGAGCGCGCAAAUGCGCAGGCCUAUGCUGAUUUGGAAAGUGUAUUCGAACGUGUGCCUGCUUGGCUACCGCUGAAACAGAAGCAAUUUCACAUAAGCUUCUCAUUAGAAUUGGCAGUGUUGCGUCUAUAUGCGCUAAAAGCGCCCACAAGUGUGCUGUAUAUGUUCCUAUCGAAGAUGAGUAAUACCAAGGAAAAAUUGGAGCUAGCUAAGCGUGUUAAAUGCGUGCGUGCCGUUGUCGAUGCUUUAGCUGGCAUGAAGGAUUCAAAUCAAUUGACACAAUUAAAGGACAGUUUGCCGGAGCGUUCCGAGGAGCAGUUCUAUUGUGAAAAAGCGUUAAAAGCGCUGCAAACAAAACGUUGGACCACGGAUAAUAUUAAGUUGAAAUUAUAGUGCCGCAUCGGUUUGCGAAGCAAUAUUUAUUUUUGUGUGAUUUUAAUCUCGGACAUUUGCAAAUGGUGUUAAAAAAAUUAUUCCUUGUGAUAAGCUAAGAAGUGUAAAUAUAUUUGAAAAGGUAUGCACAACUAUUUUUUA